CUUUUGGUCUGGUAGUAAUCCCAAGCCGAUUCCUUCUCCAUAAAUAUGAUUUUGAUUGUCCAGACUUCAGAUGCUUCUCAAUUCCGAAGGAAACCGAUGGACGAUGUUGGCUCUGAACGCUGCGAAACAAUCAAGGCCUACCCCAACCCCACUUGGCGUUUCUCAACCACUCUCCCAUUUCUUAAUUACGUACUUUCAGGGAAAGUCAAACUCCAUAGGCAACCCACUUGGUGUCUUUAUUCAUCACUCAAUUCAUCUCAACCUGUGACGUUGUGGCUUACGACAACCCUAAAGGGGCUUUCAAGGAUAGGAGCUCGUACCAACUUGUGUCAUGCUGGUUGAACGGCGAGGCAGCUUUUUUUUGUUUUUUUAAUUAUUAAUUAAUUGAGAGUAACUGUGAAGCUGAAUUAAGAUCGAUUUGAUAACAACGUUGAAAGUGAUUGUGUUAAAAAAUGGAGAUGUAGGUGCGCAUGUUGAAGGGACCAUUGAAGAAGAUGCUCUUUUGUUAAGAGUAGCCAGCAAUUGACACCAAGUAAAACACCUAGAAAAACCUUUUAUUUUGUCUUCGCUGUUUUCUUUCCGUUCAUCAAGUCAAAUCCAUUACCCUAGCUUUUUGACGGGUGUUCUGGGAUAUAUUUGGGAAGGAGAUGAUCUUGAAGUUGUUCUGGUAGUGGUAGAAUUGCCUACUGGUUUGAAGCUAUGAAGGUUGUUCUGUGUUUCAGCUUCUCGAUCUUUUGCUUACUUCUGCUUUUGGAUUGUUCGGUUUCACUUCCUCUAUGUACCGAUUCCAGGGCACCCUUUACUCUCAAUACUACACUGAGCUUUUGCCCCUAUAAUGGAAGCACGUGUUGCAACUCCACAGAAGAUUCAAGAAUAGCAAAGCAAUUCCAAGUGAUGAAUAUAUCUGUUUCUGGCUGUGCUUCCGUUUUGAAAUCAAUACUUUGUGCGAGGUGUGACCCAUUUUCGGCUGAGCUAUUUACGGUUCAAUCCUCUCCCAGAUCGGUUCCUGUCCUUUGCAAUUCCACCAUUUCAACAAAUACAACUCAGUCGAAGGCGGCAGUAGAGGACUUCUGCUCCCUAGUUUGGGAUACAUGUCAGAAUGUGUCGAUGGUGAAUUCUCCAUUUUCCCCUUCAUUACAAGGUCAGACAGGAGGAGCUACAGUAAGUACCAAAGCUGCCAAGCUCACUGAACUUUGGCAGUCCAAAUCAGAUUUCUGCAAAGCAUUUGGUGGAGCUUCAAGUGAUGAAUCAGUUUGUUUUGAUGGUGAACCUGUUGAACUAAAUAAAACUAAGACUCCCAAUAGCCCUCCAGAUGGCUUGUGUCUUGAGAAAAUCGGGAAUGGAUCUUAUCUCAACAUGGUUGCUCAUCCUGAUGGUUCUGAUCGCGCUUUCUUCUCUAAUCAAGUGGGUAAAAUAUGGUUGGCAACACUUCCAGCUGAGGGUUCAGAAGGCACAAUGGAGCUUGAUGAAUCUAGCCCAUUUGUUGAUCUAACUGAUCGAGUCUAUUUUGAUUCAGCGUUUGGAAUGAUGGGCAUGGCAUUUCAUCCAGACUUUGUGAAAAAUGGUCGAUUUUUUGCAUCAUAUAAUUGUGAUAAGUCUAAGUCACCACAAUGUGCAGGAAGAUGUUCUUGUAACUCAGAUGUGAAUUGUGAUCCAUCAAAGCUAGGUACUGAUAAUGGUGCCCAACCGUGCCAGUAUCAUUCUGUUAUAGCAGAAUAUACUGUUAAUGAUACGGCAACCCAGCCUUCCAUGGCAGAAAGUGCUAAGCCAAUAGAGAUGAGAAGGAUAUUCACCAUGGGUCUUCCAUUUACGUCUCAACAUGGAGGUCAGAUACUCUUUGGACCUGAUGAUGGGUAUUUAUACUUCAUGAUGGGGUUUGGAGGCGGCGGUGGUGAUCCAUAUAAUUUUGCCCAGAACAAGAAAUCAUUACUUGGGAAGAUCAUGAGACUUGAUAUUGACAACAUUCCAAGUGCAGAAGAAAUUGCCAAACUUGGUCUUUGGGGUAACUAUUCCAUUCCUAAGGAUAAUCCAUUUACUGAAGAUGCUGAUCUCCAACCUGAAAUAUGGGCGUUGGGAUUAAGAAAUCCUUGGCGCUGCAGUUUCGAUUCAGCAAGACCUUCUUACUUCGUUUGUGCAGAUGUGGGCCAGGAUCUUUAUGAGGAGGUGGAUCUCAUUACAAAAGGUGGAAACUAUGGAUGGCGUGCUUAUGAGGGCCCCUACAAAUUCACCCCUAAGGAUUCACCUGGAGGCAACACUUCUCUGGACUCGAUAGAUCCAAUCUUCCCACUAGCAGGUUACAACCAUUCUGAAGUAAACAAGAAUGAAGGAUCAGCCUCCAUCACUGGGGGCUAUUUCUAUAGGUCUACGACUGAUCCUUGCAUGUAUGGAAGGUACUUGUAUGGAGAUCUGUAUGCCGUUGCUCUGUGGGCAAGCAUUGAGGAUCCAGAAAAUAGUGGAAACUUCACUACCAAUAAAAUACCUUUCAGUUGCGCACGUGAUUCUCCUAUCCAAUGUGACUCUGUACCUGGAAGCUCCCAGGCAUCUGUAGGUUACAUCUUCUCAUUUGGGGAAGACAACAAUAAGGAUGUUUUUCUGCUUACAAGCUCUGGUGUUUACCGUGUUGUUCGUCCAAGUCGAUGCGGUUACACUUGCUCGAAGGAAACUGCUGCAACAACAGGUUCCAGCCCAGCUCCUCCUCCAUCACAUGCUAGCCGCGGGAGUAUCCUUUCUGAUAAUCUGUUUCUGCAACUUUCAUAUUUCCUGUUGUAUUUUAUAUGUUAUCAUCUUCUGAACACCAUGUAAAGACAGAGGAUAAUUUGUGUAGAGGAUGAAUGUGAUGCGACAAUACCUUAUUAUCCUUUCUAA